GUUUGAUAAAAGGUCUAAACGAGAGAGGUAAAAAAGAGAGGAAAAAAUAAAAAUAUGAUAACAAAAGAUGACUUCUACAAGGUCAUGUGCGCAAUGGUUCCUCUCUACUUCGCAAUGAUCGUGGCGUACGCGUCAGUGAAAUGGUGCAAGAUAUUCUCGCAGGAGCAGUGCUCGGGGAUCAACCGUUUCGUCGCGGUGUUCGCGGUUCCGGUGUUGUCGUUUCACUUCAUUUCUCAAAACAAUCCUUAUGAGAUGGACACGAAAUUCAUAUUGGCCGACACUCUCUCGAAGGCCUUGGUCCUUGUUUUGCUCUCCCUUUGGGCUGUUUUCUGUAAAAAAGGAAAUUUAGAGUGGCUUAUUACUAUAUUCUCCGUUGCCACUUUGCCCAACACUCUGGUCAUGGGCAUUCCUUUGCUUAAGGCCAUGUAUGGUGAUUUCACUCAGUCUCUCAUGGUGCAAGUCGUAGUUCUUCAAUGCAUCAUAUGGUACACACUCUUGUUAUUCCUUUUUGAAUAUAGAGCCGCCACCUUACUAAUACGAACCCAAUUCCCGGGCUCCGCCGCCGCCGCCAUAUCGAGAAUCUCGGUCGACGACGAUAUAAUCUCCCUCGACGGCAGGGACCCGCUCCGCGCCGAGCCCGAAAUAAUCGAUGAUCACGGCAGAAUCCGUGUCCGCAUCCGACGGUCCACAUCAACCCUCCCUGACUCCGCCGUGUCAUCCUCACUGGGCAUCACUCCCAGGGCAUCAAACCUCUCCAACGCGGAGGUCUUCUCCGUCAACACCCCCGUCGUUGCGCCACAUUUUAACUACGACCAAUCCCAGAACAACACCACCAACCUCCUUGACGACGUCGUUUUCGGCGGCUAUGCUUCCUCCGACGCUUACUCUCUCCAGCCGACGCCGCGCCCCUCCAACUUCAAUGAGCUCGACACGGCGGCCACCACCACCGCCACCACCCCAACGUGGGCGCUGUCUCCGGUUGCCGGAAAGGUUUUCCGGCAGACUCCGUCGCCGGCGUUCUCAGGUGUUAAGAUGAUGUCCUGGGAGUCGCCGGGAAAGUACCAACAGAGACAAGGUUGCAAAGACGUAACUGGUGCAG